AUGAUAUCUGAACAGGACCAGCAAUUGCCAAGCUAUCAACGCCGUGACCUCUCUCAUUCUUGUGUUUGUAUUUCCAUCACUGGACCCUCAUACACCUUUCGUCCCUUCCACAGCCAGUAUGUCAAGCUUACAAUAAGCACUCCACCAAAAAUCAGCGAGGCAUAA